UCUUGGGCGAAACUUGUUGUCCUCUUUUUAGUAAAAACUAGCUUUUGGUGAGGUUCAACCAGAGCUAUAGCCAAAAUGCAGAUCUUCGUGAAGACCCUAACGGGUAAGACCAUCACCCUUGAGGUUGAGCCUAGUGAUACCAUCGACAAUGUCAAAACUAAGAUCCAGGACAAGGAGGGUAUCCCUCCGGAUCAGCAGCGUCUAAUUUUCGCUGGAAAGCAGCUCGAAGAUGGACGUACUCUGUCUGACUACAACAUCCAGAAGGAGUCCACGCUCCAUUUGGUGCUCCGUCUGCGUGGUGGUGUUAUCGAGCCCACCAUGAGAAUCUUGGCCCAGAAGUACAACUGCGACAAGAUGAUCUGCCGCAAGUGCUACGCUCGUCUUCACCCCCGUGCCACCAACUGCCGUAAGAAGAAGUGUGGACACACCAACAACUUGCGCCCCAAGAAGAAGCUGAAGUAGACGCUCAGUGGAUGGUGGAUGCUGUUUUUAUCUUUCUCUUGGAUAUCGUGGAUGUUCAAUAAAAUUCACGUUGGGAAAAAUUC